AAAAAAGACCCCAAAGCCACCGCCUUUGCAGCUCUCUGCCUCAGUCACCAAAGCAUUCUCCUUAAGCAAUCAAUUACAGGGAAAAAAAGAAAAAAAAAAAACCACAAGAAAUCCCCCUCCAAAUCCCAAAAAAGGCUGCUGCCGCCUCCUCUUCUUAUUUAUUUUUCUCCGGUUCAAACACCUCCGGUUUCUGCCGGUACGAUCCAGCUCGCAAUGUGGCGGCCGCGGUCUUCUAAAUCGACGGUGCGGAUACACAACACGUCAUCUCCCUCCACCGCCUUCUCCUGCUCCUCUUUCAAAGAUAUCCAGGACCUGUGCGCAGAGGAUCCUUCCCCUUCUAAUCCCUCAUCUUCAACUACAAAACGGCCGUCUAAUAUCUUCCACCGAGUCCGAUUCGCCAACUCGCUCAUCCGCGCUUGGUCAGCUCUCCCGUCCGUAGUCCCGGAAUCUAAAUCGGUACCUGAAAAUUCUUCACCGGUUAUUAAUCAAACGCCACAACCGGAGCCUAGAAUCGCAAUCCCGGGCGCCGACAAACGUAUUGUCGUUUACUUCACGUCCCUACGCGUGGUGCGGUCAACAUUUGAGGACUGCCGGGCCGUUCGAUCCAUACUCCGAGGGUUUCGUGUCUCAAUCGACGAGCGAGAUCUAUCGAUGGACUCUCGGUUCCUGAACGAGCUGCAGGGGAUCUUAGGCGGCGAUGGCAAGUUGACUGUUCCACGCGUUUUCAUCGGCGGCAGAUACAUGGGUGGGGCAGAGGAGAUCAUGCAACUCCAUGAGGCUGGCGAGCUCAAGAAGUUCGUCGAAGGGCUUCCUGCAGCGGAACCCGGCGUCUGUGUGUUGUGCGGCGGUUACAGCUUCAUUGUGUGCGACGAGUGUAACGGUAGUCACAAGCUUUACACCGAGAAAACUGGGUUCAAGUCCUGUACGGCCUGCAACGAGAACGGUCUGAUCAGGUGCCCUUCUUGCUCCUGUCCGCCGCUAUGAGACUUGUGGGCCUAGUCUGGGGCGUUGCUGGAUAAGGGUAGAAAGAGCAUUGGGAAGCCCAAGAACUUUGGCCCUUUAGAUUUGUAUCAACGAACUCUCUGCAUCUUAAAAUAUUGAUAUGGUUACGUCCGAAAGAGGACCAUAC